AUGGUCGCUAGUGGACUCCGCAUCGUCGACGAGCUUCCUGAGAGCCAAGCCACAGCCAAAGCAUGGGUUCAAGAAGCUCAGCAUGACCUCCUUCGACACAUCGGCAAACAGUCAAUUUCGCAACUUCAGGCCCUUGUCGUCAUUAUCCGUUUCCAUUAUGUGGUGGGCGAGGUGUCCGAUGCCUGGAACUUGCUCUCUCUAGCUGCUCGACUCAUUUUCACGAUGCGUCUCAACUGGGAAGAUGACGGGCUUGAUGCAGUCACCCAGGAGACUCAGCGCCGACUCGUCUGGGCUAUUUACCUCAUUGAUCGGCAGUUCUCCGGAGGCAUCGAAGACCUCGCAGUAUGUGCCGUGGAGCGGAUGCAUAUUCGGUUGCCGGACCGUAUUCUGAGGUAA